CUGUAGUCUGCAAUGAUUGUUGCUUUUCGUCUCUGUUGAUUCAACGCCUUGAAUGUCGAGUUGAAUCACACUGAAGUUCUUGCUCUUUGCGUAAAUGAUGCUUGAUGGUGGUAUGGCUAUGUCAUUUUAUGCAUUGAAUUGCCCAGCAGGUGUUCGACGAAAUGCCAACGAGAGCAUUUUUCGCUUUAGAAGGAGAUUAAACCUGUAUUUAUCUGUACAGAUCUUUUCUGUUAUUCAAACUGAUGAGAAUGACAACUUAGCAGCAUCCAAGAAGAUGUCGAGUUCGGGAAAAUCUCUGUCGAAAACUCGAACUCUUAAGCCCCUUCUUGUCCAGCCAAACACUGUGGGUGUCAUAGGGGGAGUGUCGGUUUUUUCCACUCUACUUUUCAUGGAAAAGCUCGUUUGGUGGAGUAGGAAGGAUGGAGAAGAGAGCAUACCUUUUGUUGUCUGCAGCGAUCCAGUAUUAGACAAGGGAAUUCCUCAUAGUGAUGCCAUGAUCAUCGAGAAUUUGAAGCAGAAAACGGCGUUUCUCGAGCAGUCGGGAGCUCGAUGCCUAAUUACACCUUGCCAUCUUUCACAUAGGUGGCUUGGUGACACAUCUGAGAGCUGCAAAUUACCUUUCCUUCACGUCGGAGAUUGUGUAGCUAGGGAGCUUAAUAAGGCUAAGCUUAAGCAACUUGAAGCAGGUAGCAAUGUCCGGAUUGGCCUGCUUGCAACUGAUACAGCAACACUAACUGGUUUUUACCACGAGAGGCUACAAAAGCAGGGCUUCGAUGUCGUCGUGCCGGACGAGGCAACCAUGGAGCAUAUAGUAAUUCCUGCAGUGGAAGCUUUCCAUAAAAGGGAUCAUGAAGGAGCAAGAAAUCUGUUGAGAAUUGCUGUUCAUGUUCUAUUGACAAGAGCUGUGAAUAUGCCAUUGAAUGGUCAAGAUCUGCAGGACAUCUCCAGGAGAAAGCUUAGCGUUGCCUCUCUCGCUCACAAGCUCUAUACUUUACGUGUGUUAGGAAUCACAACUCUCCACAGUGACAGAAAAUGGACUCUGCGGAGCGGAUUGGAAAGGUCAGGUUUUCUCGAUGCAUUUGAAGACUGGAACUCUAGACCUUGGAACUUUGUUCAUCACGAAUCGUCGAUGAUGAAGUUUGUUUAUGAGGCGAUGGAGGCGACUCUCGCUUUUCCACUGAGAUUGAAGGUGUUGCGACGAAAAUCGAAAGCGGGAAAGUAAUGGCAAACCCAGUCUCCAGAUUUCCAUCCAGGUGGGAUGCUUGCAUCAGAUCCAUACUGAUCGGAACCCAUCAUGUAGGCGCCAUAAUCACCAGGAUAGACGGACUUAAAUGCACCACAUCUAAAGCAGUUCGGGCGGCUGGCGUAAUUGUGAGCUCCGCAGUUGACGGCGGUGCAGUACCAGUCUCCGGCCAACACCUCCGUCUUGUUGUAGCUGUAAGUUGAAGGGUCUGGGCCUCCAUACUUGGGAAAACGUUUGGCCCGACGGGCAACCCGGUUGGUAAGAGCUUGGAGUCUCUUAGGCAUACCGGCUUAGAUAUCCCAAAUUUGAAUCUUGAGGUGGGGUUCAAGUGAUUUGAAUGUCAAUCAAGGAUAUAUGUCUAAAUUGGUCGAUACGCUGAAGUAAAUGAGAGAUAUAUGAAUGAACUGAGACCAUAUCUGAAUGAGAGCAAUCACGAUGAUAGAUAGCUAAGAAAGGCUUAAAAGAAAGGACUCUAAGGUUAAACGUGUUUUACUUGGAGUAAUUUUAUGUUGGAUAACCUCUUGGGAAUUUUCCUAAGGUGUAUGUGAGUGAGGACUAGAAUAACUUAUUUUGAUCUCUGGGAUAGUUUUCACUUUUAGAAGCGAGAAGUCACGUGAGAUGUCGCAAAGGAUGUAAGAGAAUGUCGGGAUCACUAAAUGUCAAUCCAAAUUCUAAAUACUAGGCAUGGAUUGUGUAAAUAUAAAUAAAAGCAUAGCUACCAAAAAACUUUAUGUCUAAUAUGAUAACUAUUGAAAUGGUGUAUAUUACAACAUUUUGUUA